AUGGCAAAAACAUUAAACGAAGGGACUUAUCAAUCUACAGUUAUUGUACUAACUAUACGAGCAGUUUUAAAAAAUCUUCCUCUUGGGCCAUUAUCAUUUAUAAGCACAUCAGAAAGGCAAAAUGAGGAUGAUGUAAUUAAAUUUGUUGAGACACUUUUACUCUUGCAAAAUAUAUUAAUUACAAAUAUAUCCCUGCUAUGCCAUGGUUCAAUAUCCAAAUCUCAAAGACAAAUGGAAGAGAGUACCACAGUUUCUACACCUAU